UUCCGCCGGCUUUUCAUCAUGGAGGCGACCACGGAGGAGGAUUUCUGAAGGAGACUAAUUUCUGUGCUAGUUCGUCAGCGUUAAUACUCUGUUCCCUGGAUGUCUGUGUAAUGUCUCGACCAUGAAGUCUGCCCGCUGCCUCCUCCAGCUGCAGAGUCUGAGACUGCUGGGUCAGUCCUCCAGGUCUGCUGUCCAGCAUGCUGCUCUGCUCCAGCCAGCCCCCUCCAGCCAGCCUCACAUGCUGCAUCACCCCCAGCACCAGGUGUUGAGGGGUUUCCACGGCAGCACGCCCUGUGCUAAGAAUCGACCCAUACCUGCAGAGUUCAUCAACGAGGACGACAAGAAGAGGGACAAGUCCUUGGUCACCCAUGAUGACCUGUUUGAGCAGGUGGCCAAAGAAGCCAAAACCAAGGCCACGUUUAACCAAGUGGUGGAUGUGUUCAUCAAGAGAGACAUCAGGCGGCGGGGUCACGUGGAGUUCAUCUACGCCGCUCUGAAGAAGAUGCCAGAGUUUGGCGUGGAGAGAGACCUGGUCGUCUACAACAAGCUGCUGGAUGUUUUCCCCAAAGAGGUGUUUGUGCCCCGAAACUUUAUCCAGCGAAUGUUCAAUCACUAUCCCCGACAGCAGGAGUGCGGGGUGCAGAUACUGGAGCAGAUGGAGAACUACGGUAUCAUGCCCAACAUGGAGACCAAAGUCCUGCUGGUCCAGAUCUUUGGAGAGAAGGGCCAUCCCAUGAGGAAGUACCAGCGCAUCAUGUACUGGUUCCCCAGAUUCAAACACGUGAACCCGUUCCCCAUCCCCCAUCAGCUGCCUGAGGACCCGGUGGACUUGGCUCGCUUUAGCCUGACUCGUAUUGCUAAUGACCGGGACGCUAAAGUCACGGUCUACCAGCUGCCCUGCACAGACAUCACAGAGAGUGGAGAGGAGGUCACACUUCCACAUAUAGUCGGUAUCCAGAGCCCCAUCCAGAUGGAGCUGCUGGCCCAGCAUAACCCAAGCAGACCCGUGUUUGUAGAGGGCCCCUUCCCUCUGUGGCUCAGGAAGACCUGUGUGCACUACUACAUCCUCAGAGCUGACCCCACGCCGCCGGACGAGAAGGUGGAGGAACCCUAUGAUCCAGAGAGGUGUCUGGAUUAUCCUCUGCAGCUAGACCUGGAUUAUGACCGCGACUUGGGAGACAUGGAGACCUUUGAUGUGGAUGACUUGGAUGAGGGUCCAGUCUACGCCAUGUGUAUGACCAGCCAGGGAGACCAGGCCGUCCUCAACCAGUGGCUCUCCGGCCUCCAGGAGAACAAUCCCAUCCUGGGUCAAGUCCCCACGCUGUUCCGCCUGGACGCCGGGCCCCAUGAGCUGCAAGCGGCGGCUGGCAGGGAGUCAGCUGACCACCACAAGGUAGACCCAGAGAACCAGAGAGAGGAGAGACGGUCUGAAGAGGAACCCAGGGGGACAGUGGAGGAAGAACCAAGGAGAAGCCAGAGGAUGAAACAGUGAACAGCUGUGUGAUAGAGACUGACUGAUAAAAUAAUGACAUACUGUAUAUGGCUCAUGUAGGAGUAUAUGUCCAUGCUGGGGAGGGGCUGGACUAGUGUAAGCUGCUAGUUCAUCAGACGAGGGAACACGCCAACUGAGCAAGACCUGCAGAGGACUCGGCGCUGGUAAUGAUCUCUAAUCAAAUAAAGUUAAAAUAACA